UCUUGCUCGGUGCACUGGCAACCGGGGCCGUCCUGGCGGCCGAUACCCCAUUUGCAGGCUUCCCAUCCCCAUGGGCUACAGGGGGCCCGGGUUGGGACGAGGCAUAUGCAAAGGCGAAGGCAUUCGUCGGCAACCUGACCCUCGUCGAGAAGGUGAAUCUUACCACCGGCACCGGGUGGGAGGCCGAUGUCUGCGUGGGCAUGACCGGCUCCGUGCCACGCCUCGGAUUCCGGGGAUUCUGCUUGCAGGAUGGCCCACUGGGCGUCCGCUAUAGUUUGUGAACCCUCUCUCCUGUGUCUCCCCCACCCAUUCACCCGAUUUGGAGAGAUAUCCGAAGAGGAAGGGGGUGCUCCGCUAACCCGGUACUACUGGGCAGCCGAGGGCAACUCGGCCUUUCCGGCAGGCAUCAACGUUGCGGCGACGUUCAGCCGGGACCUCAUGCGCCGGCGCGGAAUUGCAAUGGGAGAGGAGUUCCGCGGGAAGGGCAUCGACGUUCAGCUAGGCCCGGUAGCCGGGCCCCUCGGGCGGGUUCCCGCUGGCGGAAGAAACUGGGAGGGGUUCAGCCCGGACCCGUACUUGACCGGCGUGGCUAUCGCCGAGACCGUUGAGGGCAUUCAGAGUCGUGGCGUCAUUGCCUGCGCGAAGCACUAUAUCCUGAAUGAGCAGGAGCAUUACAGGACGUCCAUCGACGUUCGGAUCGACGACAGGACCAUGCACGAGGUAUACCUAUGGCCAUUUGCAGACGCCGUGAGAGCCGGAGUGGGCUCAGUCAUGUGCUCGUACAACAAGAUCAACGGCUCGUGGAGUUGCGAGAAUGAGUGGACCACGAACUACCUCCUCAAGAAUGAGCUCAAUUUCCAGGGGUUCGUCGUGUCCGAUUGGGGUGGCCAACACACUGGGCCAUUGUCUGCCCUUGCCGGACUAGACAUGGCCAUGCCUGGCGAUGGCGGCCGACCUCCAUAUGGCUCGUUGUGGGGAGGCGCAUUGACUGAGGCAGUUCUCAGCGGUUCGGUGCCCCAGUGGCGACUGGACGAUAUGGUCAUCCGCAUCAUGGCCGCGCAUUUCAAGGUGAACGCAGGCAACUUCUCCGAACGCCCGGAAAUCAACUUUUCGGCUUGGACGAACGAGACUACCGGCCCCCUACACCCUUCUUCUAACCAGUCCUGGGCCGUGGUGAACAAGCGCGUCGAUGUCCAGGGUGAUCACGGGGAACUUAUCCGCGAAAUCGGCGCCAAGUCGAUCGUCCUGCUGAAGAAUAUCCGCAACGCCCUUCCGCUCGCCCAACCCCUUAGCCUUGCCGUCAUCGGCGAGGAUGCCCAGGACACGCCAGGCGGGCCCAACGCCUGCCCCGAACGUGGCUGCGAUAAUGGCACCCUCGCCAUGGGAUGGGGAUCCGGGACGGCCGAGUUCCCAUACCUUGUCUCACCAGCCACUGCCCUGAAAAUCCGGGCCGAGAGAGACGGUACAGCCUUUACCAAUAUAUCCGGCAAUGGAGACCUCGCUGCGGCGCAGGCAGCCGCGAGGAAUGUCAGCACUGCCAUUGUCUUUGCAAAUGCCGAUGCGGGCGAGAAUUUUAUCACACUGGCCGGUAAUGCCGGCGACAGAAACAAUCUAACCCUCUGGGGCGGUGGUGAGGAGUUGAUACGUGCUGUUGCAGCCGUGAAUAACAACACCAUCGUCGUGUUACACACCGUGGGACCCGUAAUCAUCGAAUUUGCACGGGAGCACCCCAAUAUCACUGCCUUGCUAUGGGCCGGCCUGCCAGGACAAGAAUCCGGCAACGCGCUGGUGGAUGUCCUGUACGGGGAAGUCAACCCCCAGGGCCGGAGUCCAUUCACCUGGGGGGAGAAGGCGGAGGAUUGGGGUCCAAUGGAGUUGCUGUACCAGGCCCCGGAUCCAAGGGCUCCGAACCAGACCUUCUCGGAGGGCGUGUUUGUGGAUUACAGAUACUUCAACCACGCCGGCAUUGGACCAAGCUAUGAGUUUGGACUUGGUCUGAGUUACACAUCGUUCCAGUAUACCAACCUAUCGAUUGUGGCCCACGGAGAAACGGCUUAUCAGGCGGCCAGAGGAGAGACGCAGCCGGCGCCGAAAUUCGGGACAAUCAAUCCGGACCUUGCCGCAAAUACACCUCCCGAUGGAUUCAAGAAGAUAUCCCCGUAUAUCUAUCCUUGGUUGGAUAGCGCCACCAGUGUGUUGGGUGGCAAUGACACGUUGACCAGUCCCCCGGGGUCACUGAACGGCUCUGCCCAGCCACUUCUCCCAGCCAGCGGUGCACCGGGGGGCAACCCGGGUCUCUAUGACGUGGUUUACACCAUAUCCACAGCUAUCCAGAACACCGGGGAAGUUUUUGGCACUGAGAUACCUCAAUUGUAUCUUCAACUUGGCGGCAAAGACAACCCGUUCGCAGUCCUUCGAGGGUUCGACGAAGUCCCCUUGGUGCCCGGCGAGGCGAAAACGGUUGUUUUCAACGUGACUAGGAGAGACAUCAGCAACUGGAAUACAGCAACUCAAGACUGGGAGAUUAACAAGGAGGACAAGGUUAUGUUUAUUGGGAGCAGCUCGCGGCUACUCCAUCUGAAUUCCACCUUACCUCCUUUAGGCUAGGGGCUGGAGACGCUGGCAUAGGUCAAGUCAAACAAUUGCGUGUUUGACGCUUUAACCCUGACUUGGCGGAGUCGAGGGUAUCCAUAAGACAGUCAAGUGUACGGAUCCGUAAAUAGGCUCUACUUAUACUAGGGAAACAUGCUAGACACAGUAAAAAGGCUAGGAUGUAAGGACGAUCCGAAAUGGAAAGUGCUAAAUGCCCCAGCAGUCCAGGAACCGGGAUACAGGGU